UUCUCUCAUCUCAAUCAUGUCGUCUUCGUCCUCUCCGACCACGAAUGAAAUCGUCGACAUCGAGGCCAUCCUCGCCUUCUCGUCGACGGUCGACGAGUACGCCAAGUGCGUGCCGACGACGCAGGUGCACAAGCAGCAGGAGCACUUUAAGCGCAACAUCCACACGCCUGGAACGGCGCUCGCGCAUGACUUUGAGGACAUCAAGCCGACAACGCUGACGGAGCGUGGUGCGCUGUUUGAGGCACGGCGGUGCCUCAAGUGCGCGGACGCGCCGUGCCAAAAGUCGUGCCCGACGCAGCUCGACGUCAAAGCGUUCAUCUCGUGCAUUGCGAACCGCAACUACUACGGCGCGGCGCGGUACAUUCUGUCGGACAACCCGCUGGGUCUGACGUGCGGCAUGGUGUGCCCGACGUCUGAGCUGUGUGUGGGCGGGUGCAACCUGCACGCUGCCGAGGAGGGAGCGAUCAACAUUGGUGGCCUCCAGCAGUUUGCCACGCAGGUGUUCAUGAAGAUGGGCGUGAAGCAGAUCCGCAACCCGGCGGCGCCUUCGCUCGACGAGCUCCCCGAGUCGUUCUCGACGCCUGUGGCGUUUAUCGGCGCGGGCCCUGCGUCGAUUUCGGCGGCGACGUUCCUGGCGCGGCUGGGGUACUCGAACCUGACGGUGUACGAGAAGAACGCGUUUGUGGGCGGCCUGUCGACGACGGAGAUCCCGUCGUACCGUCUGCCAUUUGAGGUUGUCGAGUGGGAGGUGCAGCAGGCGAAGGACCUUGGCGUGGUGUUUGAGUUCAACUCGCCGGUUUCUGCCGAGCGGACGCUGGCACAGAUCAAGGCCGAGACCGGGGCCGAGGCUGUGUUCCUCGGCGUGGGCGCGCCGGACGCCAAGGUUGCGCCUGCCUUUGCGGAUUUCACGCCCGAGCAGGGCGUGUACACGUCGAAGCAGUUCCUCCCGCUGGUGAUGACGGCGUCCAAGGCGACGGCGUGCGUCGGCGAGGCGCGGCCGGACCUGCCCAAGCUCCACGGGCACGUGGUGGUGCUUGGCGCCGGCGACACGGCGUUUGACUGCGCGACGUCGGCCUUCCGGUGCGGCGCGCGGCGUGUCACGGUUGUCUUCCGCAAGGGCAUGAACGACAUGCGCGCGGUGCCCGAGGAGGUGGACCUUGCGCGCGACGAGCGCUGCGAGUUCCUCCCGUUCUCGUCGCCCAAGGCGGUUAUUGUCGACGAGGCGUCUGGCAAGGUCAAGGCCAUCGAGCUCUUCCGGACCGACAUGGACGACGAGGGCAAGUACUACGUCGACGAGGAGCAGUGGUCGCGGGUCAAGGCGGACUUUAUCAUUACCGCCUUUGGCUCGUCGCUCAAGGACGAGGCGCUCCGCGCUGCGCUCGCGCCGGCCACGUUUAACUCGUGGGGCGGCAUCGAGCACGACCCGCAGACGAUGGUGGCGACUGGCGCCGAGUGGCUCUUUACCGGUGGCGACUGCGCCGGCUCGGGCACGACUGUUGAGGCUGUCAACGACGGCAAGGUUGCCUCGUGGUCCAUGCACACCUACCUGCAGGGCCUGCACGGCCUGCCGGUCCCGUCGACGCCGCAGCUCCCGCUGUACUACUCGGAGAUCGAUGCCGUCGACAUCUCGGUUGACAUGGCCGGCCUCCACUUUGUCAACCCGUUCGGCCUCGCCUCGGCCACGCCGGCCACCUCGGGCGAUAUGAUCCGCGCCGCCUUUAACGCUGGCUGGGGCUUUGCCGUCACCAAGACCUUUGGCCUCGACAAGGACCUUGUCACCAACGUCUCGCCGCGCAUUGUCCGCGGCACGACGUCGGGCCACCUGUUUGGUCCCAGCCAGGGCGCCUUCCUCAACAUCGAGCUCAUCUCGGAGAAGACUGCGGCGUACUGGUGCAAGUUUGUCAAGGACGUCAAGGCCGACUACCCUGACCGCAUCAUUGUCGCCUCGAUCAUGGCUGCCUUUGACGAGUCGGACUGGAAGACCCUUGCCCAGCAGGCGCUCGAGUCGGGCGCAGACGCUCUCGAGCUCAAUCUCUCUUGCCCGCAUGGGAUGGGCGAGCGCGGCAUGGGCCUCGCCUGCGGCCAGAACCCCGAGCUCGUGCUCGGCAUUUGCCAGUGGGUCAAGGAGGUGUGCGGCGACGUGCCGUUCUUUGCCAAGCUCACGCCGAACGUGACCGACAUCCGCGUCAUUGCCGAGGCCGCCAAGCGCGGUGGAGCUACGGGCGUGACAGCCAUCAACACGGUCUCGGGCCUGAUGGGCCUCAAGACCAACGCCGAGGCGUGGCCUGCGGUGGGCAAGGAAAAGAAGACGACGUACGGAGGCGUGUCUGGCUCGGCGACGCGGCCCAUCGGGCUCAAGGCCGUGUCGGCCAUCGGCAACGCGCUUCCGGGCUUCCCCAUCAUGGCCACUGGCGGUGUCGAGUCUGCAGAGACGGCGAUGCAGUACAUCCACUGUGGCGCGUCGGUCGUCCAGAUCUGCUCGGCCGUCCACAACGAGGACUUUACCAUUGUGCAGGACUACAUCAUGGGCCUCAAGACGCAGCUGUACAUGGCGUCACGUGGCGACUUUGCCGGAUGGGACGGCCAGGCGCCGCCGGCCAUCACCGACCGCGUCCCGCGCGUCAACGCCGUCAUGCGCGAGCACGGCAAGGGCCUCCCGCGCUUUGGCCCCUACGAGAAGGAGCGCCAGCGCAUUCGCUCUGAGUGGGCCAAGUCGGUCAACCUCGCCGAGCCGUCGCCGUUCCUCGUCCCCAACGAGGCCGACGUCGUCCGCGGCCCGUCGUCCAUCGCCGAGGAGCUCGGCAAGGCCCUGCCCAACGUCGGCACCUACGGUGACCUCGACAACUCCCAGCAGGUUGUCGCCGUCAUCGACGAGGAGCUCUGCAUCAACUGCGGCCGCUGCGUCAACGGCUGCUCCUCUUCGGGCUACCAGGCCAUCGCCUUUAACCUCGACACCCACCUCCCGCGCGUCCUCGAGGACCGGUGCACUGGCUGCGCCAUCUGCCUCGGCAUCUGCCCCGUGGUCGACUGCAUCACCAUGGAGCCGCGCACCACCGACUACAAGCCCAACCGUGGCAUCCCCCCCGCUGCCCAGGCGUAAAGCUAACCAAACCACCA